AUGCAGCUUGUUCCGAAGGAGCUUGACAAGCUCACGAUCGUGCACCUCGGGUUCCUGGCGCAGCGGCGUUUGGCGAGAGGCGUGAGGCUGAAUCAUGCAGAGGCCGUGGCCUUGAUCUCCAGCGUUCUGCAUGAGCUUAUUCGUGAUGGACACUACUCCGUGGCCGAUCUGAUGUCGAUCGGGAAGACGAUGCUGGGCCGGCGGCACGUCUUGCCCUCCGUGGUGGCGACGCUGGUCGAGCUCCAGGUCGAGGGCACCUUUGUGUCCGGUACGUAUCUGGUCACCGUGCACCACCCGAUCAGUAGCGACGAGGGCGAUCUGGAGCGUGCUCUGUACGGGAGCUUCCUGCCCGUCCCGCGGCGCGAGGCAUUCCCCGACCCGGACCCCGAGGACUAUAUGCCCGAGAAAAUGCCCGGUGCGGUGAUCCCGGCGAAGAAUGCCCGCAUUGCACUGAACGAGGGACGGAAACGCAUUCGUCUGAAGGUUAUGAGCAAGGGAGACCGGCCGAUCCAGGUCGGAUCGCAUUACCACUUCAUCGAGACGAACCCGCAACUGCACUUUGACCGCAUACAGUCCUAUGGGUUUCGUUUGGACAUUCCCGCUGGCACAUCCGUCCGUUUUGAGCCCGGAGAUACGAAGACAGUUACGCUUGUUGAGAUCGCUGGCCACAAGGUUAUCCGCGGAGGCAAUUGGCUGGCCAAUGGGCCGUUGGAUAUGAGUCGGACGGAGGAGAUUCUCACCAAGCUGCAGGCGGCCGGGUUCGCGCAUGUGCCGGAGCCGAUGGCGGAUAGUGCCCUGGUGACUGGGUUCUCAAUGGAGCGCGAGGCAUACUCGCGCAUGUUCGGCCCAACGACUGGGGACUUGGUGCGCCUGGGCUUAACAAACUUGUGGAUUCAGGUUGAGAAAGAUAUGACCAGCUACGGUGAUGAGUGUGCCUUUGGAGGAGGCAAAACUCUGCGUGAGGGAAUGGGUCAGGCAUCUGGACGCUCGGCGGCUGAGUGCGUGGACACAGUUAUUACGAACGCCCUGAUUAUCGAUUACACUGGCAUCUAUAAGGCCGACAUUGGUAUCAAGGAUGGCAUGAUUGCUGGAAUUGGCAAGGCUGGCAACCCGGAUGUCAUGAACGGAGUACAUCCCGACCUGGUGGUGGGCGCGUCCACGGACGUGAUUGCCGGCGAGAACAAGAUCGUCACGGCCGGUGGCUUUGACACGCACAUCCACCUGAUUUGCCCGCAGCAAGUGGACGAGGCUCUGGCCUCCGGUAUCACCACCUUCCUUGGCGGCGGCACCGGCCCCAGUACCGGCUCGAACGCGACCACCUGCACCCCCGGGCCCAACCACUUGAAGAACAUGAUGCAAGCCUGUGACAGCCUCCCCAUCAACAUUGGUAUUACCGGAAAGGGCAACGACUGCGGUGUCAUUAGCCUCGAAGAACAAAUCAAGGCCGGUGCCGCCGGCCUCAAGCUGCACGAAGACUGGGGCUCCACCCCGGCCGCUAUCGACAACUGCCUUGCCGUCUGUGACCAGUAUGAUGUGCAGUGCAUGAUUCACACCGACACGCUCAACGAAUCUGGCUUCGUCGAGCAAACCAUCGAAGCCUUCAAGGGCCGCACCAUCCACACUUACCACACCGAAGGUGCAGGCGGCGGCCACGCGCCAGACAUCAUCUCGGUCGUGGAGCACCCGAACGUGCUCCCCAGCAGCACCAAUCCCACCCGCCCCUUCACCCUCAACACGCUGGACGAGCACCUCGACAUGCUGAUGGUCUGCCACCACCUGUCCAAGAACAUCCCCGAGGACGUCGCCUUCGCCGAGAGCCGCAUCCGCGCCGAGACCAUUGCGGCCGAGGACGUGCUGCACGAUCUCGGCGCGAUCAGCAUGAUGUCGUCGGACUCGCAGGCUAUGGGCCGCUGCGGCGAAGUCAUCUUGCGCACCUGGCACACCGCGCACAAGAACAAGGCGCAGCGCGGCAAGCUGGCGCAGGACGAGGGCACGGAUAAUGACAAUUUCCGCGUCAAGCGGUAUAUUAGCAAGUACACGAUUAAUCCCGCACUGGCGCAGGGUAUGGCCCAUCUCAUUGGGAGUGUGGAAGUGGGCAAGGUGGCAGAUUUGGUGUUGUGGAAACCGAGCACGUUUGGCACGAAACCCGUGCAGGUGCUGAAGAGUGGAAUGAUUGCAGUUGCGGAGAUGGGUGAUGCUAACGCCUCCAUCCCCACGAUCGAGCCCAUGAUCAUCCGCCCGAUGUUUGGCGCCCGCGUUCCAAGCACAUCGAUCAUGUUCGUCUCGCAAGCUUCCAUUGAUAACGGCACCGUGCAGAGCUACGGCUUGCGCAAGCGCAUCGAGGCUGUCAAGGGCUGCCGCACUGUUGGCAAGAAAGACAUGAAGUUCAACGCGACCAUGCCGAAGAUGAAGGUUGACCCGGAGAGUUAUACGGUCGAGGCUGAUGGCAAGCUGUGCGACGCGGAGCCGGCGGCCGAGUUACCGCUGACACAGGCAUACUAUAUCUUCUAA